AAAAGGCAUUGAAUAACGGAGUGACUUAAAGCUUCUACGAUGGAGAGUUUCUAAAAGCAAAUACGAGCUAUGGCAACAAAAGAGAUUAUCAAUCCACUGUUUAUUUAAAUAUUUAUAGCGUGUGUCAUUUGUGGUAAGUUGAUUGGGUGUUGUGAAAAAAAAGUUAGAAUAUUUCUGUUAAAUAAUUUUAAAAAUAAUUCCAAGACAGAUUUUACGUAAAGGGUAAUAUCUUACGACUUAUAUACUGAACAAUCUCACUCAACAUUAAUAAAAAAAGAUACUUAAAAUAUUUUCAAGUUUCUGUAAUAAAAUGGCUUUAUCAAAAGUUGAGCUUGCUGCAAUGUUGGAAUGCAAGAUUUGUUUAGACACCUAUCAUCAGCCUAAACAAUUAAACUGUGGACACACUUAUUGCCAAGAUUGUCUAGAUGGUCUUUUAUUGUUUGAGGAAGAUGGAAGUGCUGAACUGCCUUGUCCAGUAAGAUGUACUGAAAAGACAACAAUCACUAACGAACAAACAACAUCCUCGUUAAUGAAAGUGUUUACAUUAACAAGCAUUUUGGACAAAGUCUCCCCUGGUGAAAAAGUUAAUUCUAUAUGUCAGAAAAGUAAAGACUGCAACCAGAUGAUCAACUAUUCCUGUACAACAUGCAGUUUAAAGAUCUGUGAGAAAUGUCAAAACCUUCAUUCUUGUUCCAAAAAAUCAUAUAUCAAUGUCAUUUUCAGUCAAAAAUUGCAAGAACUCCAACCAUUUUGUAAGCAACAUGACUCGCUUGCAAAAUUUGCCUGUAUUGAUUGUGAAAAUUUGUUAACAUGUGUUUAUUGUAAACACCGACAACAUAAGAAUCACAGAAUUAAAUCGAUAGAUGAUUUUGGCCUUGAAGCCAAAAAGUGGUUUCAGUCGUUUAUUACAUCAUUCAAUGAAACAAAAGUGGUGUUGGAAAAGUUAACAAGAAAAUACAGUGACGCUCUAACAAGUUUGGAGAAAGAAAGGGAAGUAUUUGUUCAAAAAUUAAAAGAAAGAAAGUUAAAGCGACUAGACGAAUUUCUCAAAAUAUUAAAUAAAGAAGAAGAAGAUCUACUGCGGAUAUUCGAUGAGAAAUCUGAAGAAUUUAAAGCAAAAUUGAUUUGUGAUGGUUUUGUCGACAAUAAGAAAGUACAAGAAUUUGCAGAUUACGUUCAAGCUUUUAAUUUAAAAUCUCAUUUUGAGUUAUUUACAGAAAAGUUGGAAAUUGAACGACAACUUCGCAGGCUAUCCUCGUUUCCAAGAACUAUCCCAACAUUCAAUUCACACCUUCAUCAAAUGAACAAAGCAGAUAUUUUGUCAAAUCCAUUGGGCGAAAUAAAUAUUUCAAUAGAUGACGUCACCACUGUUGGUGUAGAUCCCAAUGAAUGUUCGGUUUAUAGAAACUUGAUUGAUGAAGUUGAAACCCAACCCAACUAUUCCCAAUUAACAACUGAUCUAAUGAACUUAGUUGAAAGUCUGAAAAAGUACGAGAAACCAAUUGUAAAUUCUUCUUCUGGAAAACAACAACAGAAUGAUGUAAAGCCAAAAAGUUUCCAGCGUGCUAAGGAACGUUACUCUUUUGAAGAACUCGAAAAUAUCAUUAUAAAUGGCGAUGUCAAGACAUUUCAAACAAUUCUUAUUGAUCAUCCAAGUAUCGUUAAAAUGAGAGAUGAUUAUGAAACAACACUUUUGAUUAUAGCAGCAUGGUACAAUAAACCAUCAAUAGUGAAAUGCUUGAUUGAUGCUGGUAGCGAUGUGUAUGCUGUGAAUGAAUAUAAAUGGAAUGCAUAUCACUACAGUGCAAGUUAUGGUCAUCAUGAUGUUUUGAAAGUUUUAAUUAAUCAUGACGUCACAAACAUUAACAACGUAAACAGUUACAAUAACACACCAUUACAUCUUGCAUCUCGUGAUGGUCAUAUUGAAUGUGUGAAGUUGUUGUUGUCUAUACCACACAUCGAUGUCAAUAUACGAAACUGGCAGAACAAAACUGCUUAUGAUGUUACUCGUAAUAACACUAUCAAACGUUUAUUACAAGAACAUCAAAGAAAUUAAGAAAAUUUUCAGACAAUUAUACUUUUUAAUUUACCUAAGCAAAUUAUUAAAAGCAUAUUUCGUCUUUUUUAUUAGAACUAUAGGUUAUAGUAGAAUAGGUUUCUUAUUUAUUUCAUAAAUAUACGUUCACAUAUUUCUAAAUAUGACUUCUUAAGAAGAAAAUGGUAUAAUUCAACAAAUACUAAAAAUUUAGCUGGGAUGUGUCAUCUUCACUAACAGUGAGUAAGACACCUCAGUAGUUUGACAAACAGGAUGGUUUGUAUCAGAAAUAACCCUUAGAAAAAACGUUUCAAACAGAAUUUGUUUUAAGACACACCACUGGCUCUUUCUGGACUUACGCCAAAAAUUUAAUUUAAACACCCUAGGGUUUGCCGUUAUGUGUUAUAUGUUUUGUUAAGUAUUGUUUUAUACGUCCUCGGUGUAUUAUGUAGUUUUGAAAAUUAUAUUUUAAAAAACUUGUGAGAAAAUUGUAACAAUUUACGUUGAUAAUGUCUUAUAGUAACAAGACGAAAUAUCCGUUGAAAUAAAAUAACGUCAUCAUCAA